AUGAAAACAACACAUUGGUUACCGAUAUGGCUGACUUUCAAAUUUUCACUCACAGUCCUAUCUCUUACAACGGAAAGUAACUUAAAUUCUGCGGAUUACAAUUCCACGAAAGCCUUAUUUGAAUUCAAAGAUAAUGAUGGCACAGAAGAUAGCGAAGAUGAAGAGGAUAUUGUCUUCACUAAAAGUGGGCCGAUUCAAGGUUAUAUAUACAAAGAAACGAAUAAUAUUAUAAGAUUUUAUGAUAUACCUUAUGGAUCAAUCAAUGCCGUAAAUCCGUUUCAGGAACCGUCGCCAUCAGAACCAUGGAAAAAUGUUCACAAAAAUAAAGAGCACAAGUCACGGUGUCCUCAAAUCGAACAUCCUGAUAUAUUUGUAGGCAAUACUGACUGUUUGACUCUUAAUAUUAUGGUACCAAUACAGGCAAAAAAUUCAGGUGUUUUGUUUCACAUACAUGAUGGAAGUUUAAAUAAUGGCAGCGGUAAUCCAAAUAUUUAUGGACCGGAGUACCUAGCUCCUAACGGUGUUAUAUUGGUCCUUCCUAAUUAUAGACUAGGUCCACUUGGAUUUUUGUGUUUGCGAAAUGAUACUAUACCAGGCAACGCAGCUCUUAAAGAUUUGACUUUAGCAUUAAAAUGGAUAAAAGAUAAUAUAGCAGUAUUUGGAGGAAAUCCUUUAAAUAUUGUCGUAAGCGGAGAGGGUAAUGCUGGAGCAUUGGCGGGAUAUUUAGCUGUAUCACCCUCAUCAAGAGAUUAUAUCUCAAAAGUUAUCACAGAAAGUGGUUUUAUUCUAUCUCACUGGGCUUUAGAUAGGGAUCCACUUACCACAGUAAACAAUCUAUCACAGAAAGUUAAUUUUCCUAUAGCCGCAGUAACAGCAGAAAACGAUGAAUUUGAAAAUUAUAAUUUAGCGGCAUUAAUACUUGCAGCGAAAGAUAUGAAAUUUGCUCCUUGUAUAGAGAUUGGAGAAAAAUCUUUUAUAACCGAAACUCCUUGGACUUUACUAAAUAGUUUAAAAACAAACAUUUUUUUUAUGAUAGGUUCCGCGAAUCAUGCUGGUAUGCAAGAAGCAUUACAACACACAGAAAACAGUUUAUCAGAACUCGAUAAAAACUUUGGUGUCAUUUUGCCCGAUGAUUUAGAUUUUCAACAGAAUAAUGAGAAAAAAUCAGAAGUUGCAAAUAAACUAAAAGAUCAAUACUUCGGCAACAAGACUGUCACAUUAGAUACAGUACAAGAACUCUCAUUGUGUUAUACGGAUGCUUCGUAUUUAGGGCCAAUGAUAAGUGCUACUAGAUCCUUAGUGGCAGCAGGAGCCCAAGUGUAUUUCUACGAGUUUGCUUAUGUGGGAGAUUUGAAUCAAGAAAUACCAUCCUCGAUCAAGAUACAUGGAGCAUCCAGAGGGGACAGCGCCAGAUAUGUAUUCCGUUACGAAGGAAAAAUCCCCAGUGAUGAUACAAAAGAAAAAUAUAUGGCCGAAUUCAUGGCAGAAUUGUGGGCGAGCUUCGUUGUUGCUGGUAAACCAAGAGCGGAGAGAAUAGAGUGGAAACCAGUAAAGCAAACAGAAGAGGCCAAUGAAAACUGGUUUUUUAUAGGUUCUGAAUUUAUGCUACAAAGAGGAAUACACGUCGACCGCCUGAAGCUAUGGAACGAGAUAUAUGGAUUGUAUUUCGUUGAGCAUAAUCGCGCUUUGGUGAACAUGAGACUCGCGGCGUUGUUACAUAUUUUGUUAUGGCACUGUGCGACUGGACGUUCUCCUCUGCAGUCCACGAGGCCGCAUCGCGAUGUUGUGACGACGCAAGGUCGGGUAAGAGGCUACCUCUUCCCGAACCCACCCCACUAUGCCUUCCUGGGCGUCCCUUACGCCCGCCCGCCCACGCGUUACGACAGGUUUAAGGCUCCGGAGCCUCCACCUCACUGGGAUGGUAUUUUCGAGGCGACCCACCGUAUCAAGUGUCCUCAGGUAGACGAGGAUGGCGUAGAAAACUGUUUAGUAAUCAAUGUGUUUACCCCGGAGCACGUUACAUCGCUGCCAGUAGUCGUUCAUGUUCACGACGGAGAUUUUCAAAGGGGAUGGGGAUCAUAUAGGGCGCCGUCACGUCUUCUUCAGCAAAAUUUAAUAAUUGUGACGUUUAACUACCGCCUUGGAGCUCUUGGAUUCCUCUGUCUUGGUUCCGUUGACGCACCAGGGAACGCUGGCUUAAAAGACCAAGUGGCGGCGCUUUACUGGGUUCAAAGAAAUAUAGAAAAGUUUGGUGGAAACCCUAUGGACGUCUCCAUUUACGGAACAGGUUCCGGCGCAGUGGCAGUAGAGUUGCUGAUGCUAUCUGGUUCGACAGUCGGACUCUUUCAUCGAGCAAUUUUGGAGUCGGGCUCGGCUUUAGCACCGACAUCUGUGUCCUAUACGCCAUUUGUAACUGCCCUAGAAGUCGCAUCAACUUUAGGGUAUGACGGUGACAGCAAACCGGACGAUAUAGCGAAAUUUUUUCAGCAAGCCCCUUUAAAAAACUUAGUGAACGUUAGCGACAUGUUCUUGCCGUGUAUCGAGCGAGAUUCAUCCAGCACUAGCAGCUUAUUGGAAAUGGACCCAGUCGAUAUAUUAAAGGACGCACAUUUUUAUCAUGUGCCACUCAUGAUUGCAUACACUAACGCGCUUGAAGUAAAAAUCAUCACGGAGAAUAUACAAAGAUUUAACGUCAUACCCAACGAUUUUGAAAAUUUGCUACCGAGUAACUUGAACUUCGAAAGCGAGGAUUACAAACACAAGCUGGCGAAACUUGUCAAGGAGUUUUAUUUCGGUGAGAACGAGGUGGGCGACAGUUUGAUUCCAAAUUACGUCGAUUACGUAAACGAUAUCUUUGUUGAAUAUCCCGUAAUCAAGUCGGCAAUACUAUAUGCAAGAGCUUCUCAGCCAGUAUAUCUGAUGAAGUUUACAUACAGAGGUACCGUGAGUAGUGUCAAAGAUGAGGAGAUACCAGGCGCCGGACACGGUGAUAUUUUUAGGUACAUAUUUUCAAAUGAGAGAUUGAGCGGAGAUGAAAGACAAAUUGCUGAUAGGCUGGUUACGUUGAUAACUAACUUCAUAAAGUUGGGAGACCCAACUCCAUUAACAACCAGCCUCAUACCAGUGAUAUGGGAGCCAGUACCCACACCACAGGACUUCGAAGGUAAAAUAACAAUGGUCCCAUAUUUGUUAUUUGACAGAACAUUGGCAAACCAACUCUUACCCGGUCAGCAGCUAAUAUUUUGGGAUCAUAUAUACAGCAAAUUCUAUAAGAAGCAUAUGAAUGUAUGA